AACUGGCAAACCCACAAAACUAAACAAAUCCAGCGGGAAAAGGGAGAAGUCCUUCCUCCCAGCGAUUUGAAAUUUAAAAUUGGUCAAAUUUGGAAUUGGUAAUAGAUGUUUGACUUUUUCUACAGCGGCAUUGUGUAUUAUAUGAUGUUUCCUCCUUCCAGAUCCGGCAGUCUGCGAGCCCAUGGCUUUCCCCUGCCACUACCUGCUGCUGGUAAUCUCCUGCUCAGGGGUAGGCUGGAGCUCAGGCUCGCUGUGCCCCCUCAGCCCUCUCACCUCCCCCAGCGCAGGGAGAGCAGGACGACCAGAGGCUGGUUCCACUGUGUACCACUAGAGGUCGCUGCCGCACCUAUACUGGCCGGGAGUGGCCGGGAGGUUGAUGACACCGACACAGAAUAAUACUGGGUGUGGGUGUUCAAACACCGGGCUUACUGCUCGUGUUAAAGGACUGGUGGCUGUGAGGAAUACACAGAAGACGUGGAGGAAGUGAGGAAACUGCAGGAUCAAACCAAAUCUAUAAGCAACAUUUCAACAUCUUUGUUGAAAACCCUAUAGUUUCCGCCAUUAUAUUGGUCUUGUUUUAAAUAUGAAAGCGUCUGGAUAAAAUCCAGCACAACGAGGAAGGAUGACUCAGAACAUGUUCCAGGAAGGCUUGCAUCAGGUGUUCGUCAGGGAGACUCAGAGCGAGCGGCCGCCUCCUGAAGCCAGCAAUGAGGGGGACCUGAGAGACGCCAGGAUCCGGCGCUGGUUCGGGACGGUGGUCGGCAGCAGAGUCUGUGUCACUGGGGCGACUCAGGCGGUCUCUGCCCUGGCCUGCAUACUAUCCACAGUUACCUAUUCCUGUGUGAGCUUCAACUGCUCCAUGAGCAUGACCAUGCCGGUGUGGUCCAGCGUGUUUUAUCUAGGCACAGGGGCUUUGGCUCUACUUCUCCCCAAGAAACCGACCAAAAUGCGGGUGGCCGCACUGAUGGUCCUCAACCUCUUCAGUUUCCUGCUGGGAUUCAGUGCUCUGCUGUCCUUCGCUGUGAACUCUGUGCACGCAGUAGCUCUCAAGACAAACCAUCAACGGAUUGGAUCGCGUGUAGCCGAGGGCAGCUCUAUAACCUUCACUGGGCUGUGUCUGCUGGCGUCCCUCUACACCCUGUUCCUGACCUGGAGGGGCCUACGUCGCUACAGCGCUCCCAACUCUCAGACCUACGGCCCAGUACCACAGCAUCUCGAUGAAGGCACAUCUCCGCUACUGGCGCAAGCGGAGCUUGGCCUUUAGAUCCAGCUGUUGAAGAGGACUCUGUGGCCCCUUGGUGCGUGUGGGGGCGCUGGCGGGGUCUCGGUGGUGCAACGAGGCCAGGGCGGGGGUCAGGUGCCAAGGCUGCACAGUGACAGGGCUGAGCAGGACAAGAGCAAUAGAACAACUAGAUACAUGUUUACAGAACAGCCAAAGAGGGAGAAAUGAACAGUUUGUAAGUUAUGGUGAAAAAAUAUCAUCAAUUAUAAAACCACUCCACGUUUCUAUCUCUCAAAAUAAAAAAACGAUGUUGUGUCAUGACAA